ACGCCGUUAAGAUCCAGUCGGCUUAUAAAACAAGCAAGGGAGACAGACGUCUGACCUCCAGAGAAAUUGGAUUACGACGACCAGGGUUCCUUCAAGCUUUUUCAUCACGCCCUCGCUAUACCUACCAGCCAGACUCCACAACAACAGAACACCAAGGAAGAGGUGCCACAAAUAUGGCUAUAUGGAAGCGCAAAAUCACCGUCAGUGACGACACUGUCACUGGUGCUGUUCACCUCACUGUCAAGCAAUCCCUCGUUCCCAACUUGCUCGGUAGGAUGGCCCCUGACUACACCAUGGUCCCCAACAUGAGUGGCGCCGGCUGA